AUGCCUGAGAUUCUUGAAAGAUUAGAGGAAGAAAACCCUGCAGCCAACCUUGUAGUAUCUGGUUACCUCUCCCUGCCUAACACUGAUGUUCUGGCACUCUUGGAGAGACAAGUUAAAAAGAGGGGUAAUUUCCUGAUGUUGAAGGAAAAGGAAAAGAUGGGAUCUUUUCCAAAGCAGCUUAGGCCAGACUACCAAUUCAAUUUUUCAGAAAAAAUGUUAACAUCAAUUGCCAGUCAGCAGGGCUCAGCAGCUUCCCUUCCAUUUUGAACCAGCAAAGGCAAAACAGAGGAGUUGCACAUGCAUCAGCAGGCCCUAUAUUUUAAGACCUUUGAGAAUGCUUUAGAGCAAAAAUAUAUCCAGCUCUUCUGGCAUAUCCUAUCUCAGCAUGGCAAGUCCCUGCACUCUAUUGUCCUUGUCCCAGGUGACUGUUUCUCAACAUUUGUGUUCUUCAACAGAAUCUCAAAUACCUUCAUAGCUAAAGAAUCCCUAGUACUUAACCAUCCCCAACCUCUGUCCUUGCCGCAAACCCUGCCCCAAUCUCAGUCCUUAAACCUCACUCAGGUUCAGUCUCUGGCCCAAUUUCAAUCCGCACUCCCAAUCCUAUCACCUGGUCCUCUAUCCCAGAUUAGGAUCUGUGGGGUGUGUUUUCAUAAACCCCAGAACGAGGCACUGUCUGAAAUUCACCACCUGGAAUGGGAUGUGUUGCAGAAAGAACAGGAAAUGAUGUGGGGUUUAUCCUCUGUGAUCGAGAAAUCUCAGGAAGAUUUUUGUCCUCCAGUUCCAAAUCUUACAUUGGUCAGCCAGUCCUCCAAGGUCUAUGUUCCAAUCUCUUUCCUUCCUAGAGAUUUUUCUUUCAGCAGUGAGCUUUGGAAGAAAAUAGAGCACUACCUUCAGAAGAGGCCCAUCCAACACCGGUGGGGCCUGCUCCACUGGAUCCAUGGGUCUCUGUCUCUGCUAAAUCCUCAGAGAGAAAUUCCUGAGACACCUGAAUCCAAGUGCCAACAUAGAAUCUCAUGGACUUCUUUGUUCAAAGUUCAGAGAAGCAAAGAUUUAGAGAAUUUUGGAUUGAGAUCUCCAAGCCCCCUACAAGAAGCUCUAAAGUUGGGAACAGCAAAUUCAGUUCCCAGCCUGGAUCCAUCGCUCCCUGCCUCCUCACAGUCAACCUCUGAUACAAACCAUGAGCUUACAGAGAACAUCCAGACAAUUGAGGAUGGCAGACAAACUUUUCUGCCCCCACCUCACAGCAGCAUAGACAAACCGAGUCAGAAACAGGCUGUACUAGCCAAUAGAUGCAGCCCAAAGCUGCCCACAAGACAAGCUGGGGCUGGACAUGAGCUAACAAAUGAGAAAAUGAGCUCUGGAGAUAGAGUAGAAAGGCUUCAGGGCAAAUGGAUGAAGAAUUCAGGAUAUCUUUCUGCUCCCAACAUGUCCGGGGAGAUAUUCAAGGCAGAGGAGCUCUGUGCUCUUCAAUCACAAUCUACUCUCCAAGAUCUCAAAUCAUCAGGCCUUAAAAAUCAGCUGUUCGGUGAGUCAAAGCUUAAAUUGGAGAAGGAGUGCAGCUAAGCUCAGAGGCAUCCCACUGACACAUCCCUUGCCUCAGAUAACCUGACUUCCGAGGCCUCACUAACUCACGCCCAGGGCAUCUCCAGUGGGAACCUGGUAGCUCCCCAGGUGCUGCAUGUCUACUUGGAGGACAGAGGGAUCAGCAUGGAGCAGUGGCAGGACCUUGUUGCUCUAAACACGUCUUAUAGAAGUGCCAGAAAGAGAAUUCCUCACAAGCUGCAGAGAGAAAUAAAAGGCAAAGGGCAAGAAAUUUCUCUGGGAAAGGGUAGUCCCCUAUCAUCAUCUGUGCAGAACAGAGGCCUAGGUAAAAGUAGAGCUGCCUUUACUGAGACUACUGAACCAUGGAAAAUUAUGACACAUAGUGGGAAGUUCCUAGAGAAGAAACGAGGGCAUAGGCAUAAAAGACAUAUCACUGGCUCCAAAGAGCCCCUUAGGGAGCCUGUGCCCCAUCCAAGCCCCAUCUGCAGGUGUCAAGUUGGCCCUGUGCCUCCAGCCACCCCUACCAUUGCUAAAAACACAUUUAGGCAGAAAAUGUUUCCCAAGCAUUUCCAGAGAGGAAAAUUCACUCUCCCCAAAUAA